CGGUGAUAAAAGUGUCGCACCAAAAGUGAUUCAUUUGUUAUCGAACAUUAUCAGUUAAAAUGUAUUACCUCGAAUUUCUAUCAAUUUUUCUGUUGUUAACACCUUUGAUCAACUCUGAAACAGUUGACUAUCCGACAGAAACGACACCGAAUGACAGUGAUCCCCGAACCCAAGCUACUGGCGAAGGCUCUUACUACGAAUACAUCGUGCGAAAUGUCAUCCGUAACAGUUUCUAUUACCCUCGUAUUCAAAGUCAGAACGGCGUUACACCCUUGGAGCAAAUGGUCUACUACUACCACCUUCAAAUGACUCAUAUCGACUUGAUGUGGACUCGCAACUGGGAACGCACACAUCGUCAUGGCUAUCCAUCAGUCUUCCAAUUACCUUCACGAGCAGUUCGAUAUCACUACAACCAUGACGUUCCCUACCAGUUCCCCGAUGGCAUUGAGAGAACAUUGGACAGCCAUCGCUUGAAUUGCACUGAAUGUAUUCGACAGUUCCAUUGCAAUGUGGAAAACCUUCAUAAUCAUCGUUCGAAUCGAUACAUGCCAAAUCCUGAACAAAAGUAUGAGAGACGCACCACGAUUCCUGAGAUAGAAAUUGAACUAGAAAGUCAGCAGAGAAGUUGGUUACCACAAAUGGUAUCAACUAAUAAAGCAAUGAACACAACUCAACUAGCUGAAGAGAGAUCAUUUGUUUGUGCGGGACCUUCGCAUGGUUUCACGACGACCACUACUGAAGAUUCGCUGGAACAUCAAUUGAAGAAAGUUCGGUAUGAUUUUGUGAGAGAUGAGCUUCGAAGACGACGUCGUACUCAUGCUUAAUGAAGUUUGAAAUAAAUUUAGAACAGUAUUGAUUACCUAGGUUUUUAAACCGCGACGAUGCUACCUCAAUUUUAGAAUCAUUUUCAGUAGACAUUUUUGUGGUCAUAAAAUAAAUUCGUAGUACGAAACAAUUAGAUCUUUAGUCUCUGAAGUUACUUACCAGUAAAACAUUUUGUGUCAUCUCCUCCUCCUUCUGUUUGUGAAGUCGAGCAAGAAUUGAUUGUUCAACUUCUUACAUCACUUACUUCACGUCACCAUAAAAAAAACGUAAGAAAUAAUGACGACGAUGAUGAUAUCUUACGUCUCAAGUACAGCGUUUUCUUCGCUGGAUUUGUUGGAUCAAACAAGGGGGAAAAUAAUAAUAAUUUUUUAAUGUUUCUUAUCCAACAAACAAAUAUAUAUAUUGAAAUGUAAGAUGAAACAAAAGAUGACAGACGAUGA